AUGUGCCUUUUGAUAUUCGGCAGCUGCUUUGGGUCGUUUUUCCUCCCUCAAAGAGUGAAAUUGAAGACGGCUGUUACACAGGAAUUCUUUUGUAUCGUUGGAUUACGUGACUUGAUGUUCAUUGCUGUUAAUGACUCCCAUCCAUUGGGAUUCCGUGUACAGUUCGAUAUUCACGCUGUAUACGCAACAAAGUUUGGACUGCUCGUAGAACGUGAUCUGUCGUUUCUUGGUGCCUCUGCUGAGGACCAAGUUGCUCUCUAUUCGCUUUCUCAUCCAUUGAAUGAGUUGUUGGCAGUAAUUUUCAAGCCACGAGAUUCUUUGACGCAGUGGUUGUUUUGUUGGGAGAAAUCCGAGUAUCGUAUUAUAGGAGCUGAGGAUGAUCUCUUUUAUUGGUAUUUUGAUAGGUUAAAUGAGGUGCACACUUUGUUACGGAUUCGUAUUACCUCGGAGCAUGAAGUCCACUCAGCUAUAGAACUUCUGGAAAAGCGUCGAACAGAGAUCACGUCUACCCAAGGAACACCGCUCAUACAUCCCGAAUCGACUCCACUCACUUCACAUCGCUUGCAGAGUUCUGGCGCUUCCUUGGCAGCACCUCGAAUUCAUGCUGCUUCGACUGUAACAGGCGGAGGGUCUCUUAUCCGUUCAGUACAUACAAGGUCUAUGACUGCAAGACUGGCCAGAACCCGUUCAUUUCCUCAUCCACCUCAUGCUCCUCCAGCGGAUAGUCCAGCAUUGUCGAUAUUCUCGCCAAUGUCCUUAGGUGGACAUUCUGAAGUUGCAAAUACUACAAUAUCACAAGUUUACGAUCCAGUCCAUCAGAUGAUCACUCCAAGAAUGCAGGUGUUCAGCCGUGAACUUCAGCGCCAACCAGAUUUCGAUCUGUUGCUGGCCGAGUUAUGCUUAGACCAUGUCUGGACUGAGCCAUCAAAAAGAGACGUUUGUGGAGAAAUAGCUACUAAGAUGUUCCUUUCCCGUAACGUCCUUUCACAAGAUUUUGUGAACUUCUUUGUUGGAACUGUGAAUCAGUUGCGAUCGAUUCGGACUGUUCACACUGUAGGUAACAUCACAACUUCUGGAUCAUUGUCCACACUCUCUUGUCGAGAUGCCACUGCUAUCAGGGUGAGACUUCAUUUUAUUUGUCCAAUUUUUUUGUUGCCUGGGACCUCAUUACUUUUCUACCCCGGAAAUGAUAGUGUCAACUGGCGCCACUUAAUAGCUGCGUAA